AGGCUGCAGCCAAUCACAAGUCGCCUUUAGGCAUAUAAGCAAGAGAUCAUGUUUUUUUUUGUUUGAUUUUUUUUUAGUGAAGUAGGAGAGAGAGAGAGAGGAAGCAUAGGCUCACAUGGUAACCACGCAGCUGCAGUGGUGGUUUGUUAUAUGGCAUUUACACUGGUAUCCAUCUUAAUUGCUGCCGUCCCUGUGGCCUACUGCUAUCCUACUGCCUUCCAAGACCUGGAGAAAACUAGCAUUUUGUUUCGUGUUCCUUUUACAGAAAACAGAACCUCCAUUAAGUUCCUGGCUAUAGGAGACUGGGGUGGAGUGCCUUAUCCCCCCUACUGCACUGCUGUACAGAAGACUACUGCUCGAGAAAUGAGCCAAGUAGCCGAGCAGAUGGGAGCUGACUUCGUUCUGUCCCUUGGCGAUAAUUUCUACUUCAAAGGUGUGGACAGCGUGGAUUCUCCUCGGUUUAAGGAAACUUUUGAGUCUGUAUACACUGCAAAGUCUCUCAAAGUCCCCUGGUAUGUGCUUGCUGGGAAUCAUGACCAUGCAGGGAACGUCAAAGCCCAGAUCGACUACAGCCACAAAUCUGACAGAUGGAAGUUCCCCUCUUACUAUUAUGAGCUGAACUUCCACAUCCCCAACACGGGGAAGACCUUGACCAUCAUCAUGCUUGACACCGUAAUGCUGUGCGGUAACUCUGAUGACUACAUGGAUGAGAAGCCCAGAGGCCCCCUGCAUGCGCUGGAUGCCAGCCGUCAGCUGACGUGGCUGCAGCAGCGACUGGCUCAAUCCAAGGCAGACUUCCUGUUGGUGGCCGGCCACUACCCUGUGUGGUCCGUGUCUGAACACGGGCCCACAGAGUGCCUUCUGCAGAAGCUUCAUCCCCUGCUGAUCAAAUACAAAGUUACUGCUUACCUCUGUGGUCAUGACCACAAUCUGCAGUAUAUUGAAGAGUCUGGUGUGGGCUAUGUGGUGAGCGGUGCUGGAAACUUCUUGGAUCCAGAUAUCCGUCACUGGAAUUAUGUUCCCAAAGGUUCUGUGAAGUUCUUCAGUGGCCAAGCUUCAACGCUGGGAGGCUUUGUCCAUGCAGAAGUCACAAAGAACAAGAUGAUCAUGACCUUCUUCCAGGCUAAAGGCACUUCUCUCUAUCGCACUGUCCUCUCUCAAAGGAACUUUGAGGAGUCUAGCUAACCCCAGGAACAGUCAAAUUGUCAGUUACAUACAGCAUUAGUCUGCAGUGUAGUUUUGAGAUUGACGCAAUGGCUGUUAAUCCUGUUUUUUAAAGUUUUGGCAUUAAUAUUUCAAAGCAAUUGCUAUAUCUUUUUAAUUUUUUUUUAAAGAGAAUCAGUUUGUUUUACCUGAACUUUAUUGUACGAUAAAAGAAUAAAUGUGGUUUGUAAAGACUA